CCUUCCUCUCACUCCCUCGCGCUCAGUGCGCACAGAGCCACUGACUCCAAACUCCACACGUUUCCAGACAAUCGGUUGGCGCACUGCUCCAUUUCCCUCCACUGGAUAUUCUUCUUAAGGUGCAUUUUUUUUCCUCCUCUUUAUUUUCUUUUAAUUUUCUGAAUGGGCAGCAGCGCUCAGAACAAGGAGCUUUUUGAAUGGACCUGUUUGACAGCCGGUAGGUGCGAUUCAGUUUGAAAGAGGGAUGCUGAGAGGUCAAGUGAGGAGCAGCUUUGCCUCUUAGUAGUCUGGAAAUACAAAGACACGUGAGGGGAACCGUGAAAGCUGAAGGAAGAAUUAGAGGGAGGAGGAUGGUUCAUCACAGUGAGGAUGACUUGAUUGGGAUCCCUUUCCCAAACCACAGCAGCGACGUCCUCUGCAGCCUGAAUGAGCAGCGGCGAGAUGGGCUGCUCUGUGACGUCGUCCUCAUUGUCCGCGACCAGGAGUACCGCACCCAUCGCUCCGUUCUGGCCGCUUGUAGCCAGUAUUUUAAGAAGCUCUUUACAGUCGCUACUGCAGACGGAGGAGACCCCCAUCAUGCUGCUGCCGCCGUGUAUGAAAUCAACUUCGUAGCUCCAGAGUCCCUCACCGCUAUCCUGGAGUUUGCCUACACCUCCACUCUGACAGUGACCGCGUCCAAUGUCAAAGAGAUCCUGACUGCAGCACAGAUGCUGGAGAUCCCCUGCAUCAUCAACGUUUGUCUGGAGAUCAUGGACAGUGGGGAUGGAGGCGGAGAAGGUGGGAGACGGGGACAGGAGGAGGAAGGAGAGGAGGAUGAAGAGGAAGAAGAGGAAGAGGACGAGGAGGAUGAGGACGAGGAGGAUGAGGAGGAGGACAUGGGCUCCAGGAAGGAUGAGCAGGAAGAGGAGGAGGACAACGUCAGCGAGAGGUCACUGCAGUCGUUGGAGAGCAGGGGUGAGCAGACGCCUCUGGGGACGGAGGACUCUUCCCCUCCAAGCACCUCCACCUACCAGGGUCAGUUGGACCAACUGUCCCAAUCUCAGUCUCCAGACACCAUCAGAGGCAAACAGGAGAAUAUGGAGAGUCGGGCUCUCAAGGAUUUUUCCAUUGAGUCUCUCCUCCAGGAAGGGCUAUAUCCCCGGAUGUCGGCUCUCGACCGGAGGACCAACUUCUCUCCUCUCAUGCCUGGAUUCUACCCCUCUAUGUGGGCUGCAGAGUUCCCAGCUUUCCCCCAACAGCUUUUGAACCCUCCACAUCCUCAUGUUGCAACCUCACCACAAACCCGACUCCCUCACACCUUCCCCUCCUCCACUCAUCUCGAGGCUUCAAGGCCCCUCGAUCUAGCUGUGAAACGAGAAAUCAUCAAGGAGGAGAUAAAGGAAGAAGUCUCUCCCAGUCUGCUCCAAAGCGACUUCUUGAAAGACUUUGUCAGCUCAGGUUUGGGAGGCACCAUAAGUGCUGGAUCGGCGUUAUCGGAGGGUCACAUCAAGGAUGAGGCGGACAUUAGGUCUUACCUGAGCUUUCUGAGCUCGGCAUCCCACCUAGGGGCGCUGUUUCCGCCCUGGCAGCUGGAAGAGGAGAGGAAGAUGAAGCCCAAAGCUUCACAGCAGUGUCCCAUCUGCAAUAAAGUCAUCCAAGGAGCCGGGAAACUGCCACGGCACAUGAGGACGCAUACGGGGGAGAAACCUUACAUGUGCACAAUCUGCGAAGUGCGAUUCACAAGGCAGGACAAACUGAAGAUCCACAUGCGGAAGCACACCGGCGAGCGCCCCUACAUCUGCCUUCACUGUAACUCCAAGUUUGUCCACAACUACGACCUGAAGAACCACCUGCGUAUCCACACCGGCGUCCGUCCCUACCAGUGUGAGCACUGCUACAAGAGCUUUACUCGCUCCGACCACCUUCACCGACACAUCAAGAGGCAAAGCUGUCGUAUCUCACGGCCCAGACGGGGGCGGAAGCCGACCGCCUGGAGGUCCACGUCCGCCGGAGGGUUCCUGUGCCCUCCCACUGUCUCAGCUGGCCGGAUGGAGGAGAAUGGGCUUAGUACCGCCUACCAGGGCGUUAAGAACCACGGACUUGGAGAUCUUCUCGGCCUCAACGGCAGAGGGUUAGGGUUUAAAAGUGUGGACGGUUCGCUGAGGGAGAGCAGGGAGGAGCGGCAAACAGAGGGAAGACGGGCUGCAGAGGAGGAGAAGGCUGGAGCAUUGAGGCAAAGGGGAGUGUUUGCUUUCGCCCUCGCUGGAGAAGAAAUGCUUACCCACUCUCCAUUUUACGCGGCAACCGCUGACCCAUGGACCAUGAGGCUGGAACGUGCUCCACCCAUCCCCGAGUCGGCAAAAUGAACUCUAAGCUUUAGAAUAAAAAAAAAUAAGAGUCUGUUCUGCUCCAGGAAGUUAAAGCACCUUUUAUUAAAAGGGAAAAAAGGGGAAACUUUGUGAAGCCUGCUGUAUGGCAGUGGUAACGCUGUUUAUUUUCUUCUUCAUUUGGUUCAAUUCAGCCAUGAAAAUAAUAAUUUAAACCCCAUGAAGGUUUACAGAUAUUCUAAAGGCAUCUAAUGAACCUGUAAAUUGGUGUUUCCUAACAUUUAAAAAAAAUGAACGUUUACAUGAAGAUCCGACCCAUUAAAAAAACAGGAUUUUACAGCAGAAGACAUUUACAGACUUUUGAAAUAAAUUAUUGAAAGCUUUUUUUUCUAUAUUGAUUGUGUUUACAUGAUAGAAAUAAACAGCGAUAAGAGCAUUCAUCUCCAUUUUUUUUAGUUUUAUUUAAAUUCUUUUUUUUUUUUUAAAGCACUUGAAACCUAUCAGGAUAUUUGACCAUGGUUUAUUCUUCUCCACUGCCUUGUUCUGAUUUAAGCUCCUUAUCUGCACUAUUGUAAAUAAAACCUCUGGCCGUGGUGGUGUUAAUUAAGGUGAUGUGGCUGAUGAUGUAAAAUAAUUAUAAUUAAAAAACAGAAUAUAUAUAUAUAUGUAUAUUACUCUUUAAAGACUGAGACAUCCAUCCAAAGAUGAGUACUUUGAUAUCUGACUUGAAUACAACUCUGUUUUGAAAUUGAGAAUUUUCUGUGUCUUUGGAUGCUUUAUAAUUCUGACUAAUCAACAGCCGCUUUAGCUGCAACGGUAUGCUUGUGUUUUUUGCUCUGGUGCAACAAAUCGGCAAAAACUUUGUUCUAAAUUUUUCCCUGUAAUGUUCAUCUCUGAUUUGCACGAUGAUGAGUGCAAAAAAUAUUUGAACUAAAAUGGGAAAGUAUUUUCUUGCUAUUUAUGUGUAUUUAAAUGAAUAAGCCUUGGCUAUAUUUUGCAAAUUUGUUUUAUAAAGACACUAAAUGUUG